AUGACAAAACCACUUGAAUUUUUAGAUCACUUAAAAGUUAGUUUCCCAACUUUGAUCGACCAAAUACAAAAACUUAGAGAAUAUUAUGAUAAUAAAUUAUGGCAUCAGUUAACCACACAAAUUGAAGAAUUCAUUGAGAAUCCACAAUUGUUGCAAAAGAAAGAGUUGAUCAAUCUCUACGAAUUGUUUAUUAAGGAUUUCGAAACAAAGCUUAAACCAUUGAGUUUGGUAUCGAUUUGCAUUGUCAUUAGUUCUCAAUUAGAUAAUGAAGGAUCAAUGAAAUUCAUUCAACAGAUUUCAGAAAAGGUAAAGAAGGAUAAGUCAGGUUACAUUCUAUCGUUGUCAUUCAUUGCAUCCAGACAUCUCGAUGCACACCAAAUCACAGAGGCCAAGCAAACCAUUGAGACCGCCAGAGAGGAACUCAAGGGUAUCACCGGUCUCGAACCAAUCGUAUAUGCUACAUUCUAUCAAGUUUGUACUAAUUAUUGCAAGUUGAAGAAAUCAUAUGGUGAAUUUUAUCAGAAUGCAUUACUCUAUUUAUCAUACACCAGAUUGGAAACACUCUCUGUUUCAGACCAACAAACACUCGCAUUUGAAUUGGGUAUUGCUGCCAUCAUUGGUGAGAAUGUAUAUAGUUUCGGUGAUUUAAUUGUACAUCCAAUUCUUAGAUCUUUGGAGAAUACAGAGGCUGCUUGGCUCAUUCAUCUAUUGAAGGCAUUCAAUAUCGGUGAUAUUGCACAAUACGAACAAUUAUUAGCAAAAUAUCGUGAUUCUAUUUCUAAAGUUGCCGAUUUGAAUAAUAAUCAACAACAAUCAUUACAGAAAAUAGCAAUUCUAUCAUUGUUGGACCUUGCUUUUAGAACACCAUCGGAUAAGCGUAUUCUUCCAUUCCAAACUAUUGCACAAACCACCAAGUUGCCACUCGGUGACAUUGAAUAUCUCUUGAUGAAGGCAUUGUCAUUGAAUUUGAUCAAGGGUAACAUCGACCAGAUCGAUCAGAACAUCAUGAUCACAUGGGUCACCCCAAGAGUCUUGGAUCUCAACCAAAUCGCUACAAUGAAAGGUAAAAUCCUUGAUUGGACCAGCAAGACUCAGAUGUCUCUUGGUAUCUUGGAGACAGACACCGUUGAUCUCGUUGUUUAA